CGUUUUUUUAAUUCGUUUACAUGGACUAGUUUCCCCUGCAUUUUCCUUGUUGCCAAUAAUUUCAUUGUGUUUAUAAAGCUGAAAAAAGUCCGUCGAUCUCUAGAAGUGCUUCUGUUCCCUUGAAGAAGUAGUAGGUAGUUGAUAGUUGAUAGUUUUAGGUGAACUGCAAAUGUAUUCUCAAUUUUUGAUAACGUGAGCAAGCGCAACGAGGACACAGUGAAAGAAAUGUGAUUUCAUUUUCCUGAUAAAUUCAUCAGAGGGCAGAAGAAGACGAAGGAGUUGCUUGCACAUCUCCUGCCCUUACACUUUCUUCUCUAUUCCAUAACUCUUUGACUGUGGAUUCAAAUGCACAGCUUGGCACAAAGCCUUUUAAAAUGGGAUCAGAAAUUAUACUAUUGUCGAUUUUUUCAAUGUUUUUUUUUUAUUUCUCAUUUAUUUUAUUUUUAUAUAAUUGUUAGGAUUUUUUAUUUAUUUUUUAAAAUUUACCGUCUUUUUUCCGUUUUAUUUAUGAGAUAUACAACUUUGCCGUAUUAUACUCAUCUUUUUCCUCGCCUUUUUCCUCGCCGUAUUAUACCCGUACACGCGUUUUGUGACAAUCACUUCACAGUAUCUUCACACCAUCAACAAGAGGGGACCUUGUCAAGGAUGCGACUUUUCGUUCUGACCAUCAGAGAAACUCGCUGGUGCAUUGGAGCAACAUUCUGAAAUACAAUUUGAAUCAACCCUUAAACCAUAUCAACUUGAAAAAGGAAAAAAUCGUCUCCAUAUAUAUCAUGUGUGUGGUCAUUUCCGCCUAUGAAUGUUGCUCAACUAAGGACCAAGACUACGGGGAAUAAUGACUUAGGACUUCGUUGACCCACGAGCACAGCAAAUUCAAUUUUGCCAAACAUCACUCUUAGUUUCCUUGCUACACUUUCUUUCACAAAAUCUGCUAUGAUUGAAGUCUCUUUAGAGGUCGUUUGAUGGACACGACGUCUUGUCCACCAUACCACUUCCCUGUCCCAGCGAUUAGGGGCAUUCUCUGCACUGCCAAGUAUGGCCUCUCAAUCUCUUUCUCUCUCUCUCACCUACGGAAACCGUUACUCCUAUUUUCUUCUAUGAGCUCUACUAUUUUUAAUUGGUUUGUUUGGCACAUAUCGGUGGUUUGGACAGGUUUCUUCCAUUUGACAGCUGAUAAUUGUCAUGAAAAACAGUCUACCACCUUCCUCAAAGAUGGAAGGUUGGUGAAUUACAUGAAGUGACAUACAUGACUCUGAUGUGAAUCAUAUGCUGAUAUCACUCAGACUCAAGUUUGUGUGUGUAUAAUCAAUAAAUUUACUUUUGAAGGCUGCAUUGUUACUAUUUUAAAAUAAAAAUGCAGGUAAAAAAUCUUUGGCAGUUAUUCACUUUUUUUUAUGCUCUAAAAGUUUUCAUAUUUUUUAAGAUCAUUGUUAUUUGUUAGAAAACAAAGAGGCUGCCCAUAUGUUUGGUGAAGGGGCAAACUUGCAAAAUGAAUUAUUUGCACCGACAUUUUUAAGUAUUUGCAUACGCUUAUCACAUUGCUGAUAAUUAUAAAGGGUCAUUGAGAUUGGGCUUGUCAUGAAGAAGGAUUAUUAUAAUGGUGUACAACAUCGCAUUUGGCUUUGAUUAGUCGACUUCAUAAGAGCUGUUAGAGACCCAAGCGUAGCGCCGUAGCCUACUACUAGGGGCUAGGGCUCAAGGGCCUCCAUAGUCCAGACCUUCUGAUUGCCGUGCUGCGGCCUGCCUAACGUCAUCUUCACCACGAGCGAUCACGCCUUCACGCCCCACACUGGUUGAGAAGCAGAAGGAUUACUGGGUCUACAGGCAGUGAAAGGAAUAGACAAGUGAAGCAAGAAAUGGGUAUGAAGCGACAUGCUAGUGAAGAUGAAGAGGAACUCAGUGAAAGUGAAGGUGGUUUCUCUGAAUAUGAUGAUGAGUUGGAUUUGGAGAACGAACUGAAGUUGAGAAAUGAUGACCAACAAAAUGAAGUGCACAAAGAAGAUGAGAUGGAAGAACUGGAGAGAGAGUACUCAAACCUACGUAGCCAGGAGGAAGACCUCUUAAGGAAUUUGAAGCGCAACAAAGAUGACGACAUUCAGAAAGGACAAGCUGUAAAAAAUCAGAAGGCUCUUUGGGAUAGGAUGUUGGAGAUUAGGAUUUUGCUGCAAAAAGUAUUCUCAAGUUCAAAUAAAUUACCACAGGAACCCUGGAGGUCCUCAUUCUCCAGUGCAGAUGGAACAAUUGAUCAAGCUUAUGCAGAUCUUGUGGCAUCAACCGAACUGACACUAGAUAGUUGUUUGAAACUCCUGGAGGCUUUAAUUGAGAAUAGUGCAGCAGUCAACCAAGUCUCUAAAAGUGACAACAAAGGAAACUCCAAUGAGUCUUCAAAUACGUUGAAUUGUUCUUGUCCAGAAAAUGAUGAUGAUUGGUUGCAAGUACAGACAUUGAACUCUAGAAUUGCACCAUUUAGAGACAGUUCAAUUGACAAAUGGCAAAGAAAGACACAAAUGACAACUGGUGCAGCUGCUUUCAAGAGCAAACUGCGUGCUUUCAAUCAGAGCAUAAGCCAACAGGUAGCAACAAACAUGAGGGAUCCAAGUAGAAUGAUCAAGAGGAUGCAGUUGAGGAGAUCUUUGAUUGGUGUUAUUGGGAAUGUUCCAGAAGAGAGAAAUAACAUUUUGGAAGAGGAUUCCAGUGCGGAUGGUGAUCCUGAAUUACUGGACGAUUCAGAAUUUUACCAGCAGUUACUUAAAGAGUUUCUGGAGUCAUUUAAUCCUGAUUCAACAGAGAAUGUUCUUAUAUUACAAAAGACGCGGACAAAGAAAAAGAAGAAUGUUGAUAGACGAGCAUCAAAGAGUCGCAAGAUAAGAUAUAAUGUGCACGACAAGAUUGUGAAUUUUAUGGCACCAGAGCCUAUGAACCUGCCACCCAUGGCCAAUAAGUUGUUCGAAAACUUGUUUGGCCUAAGAACCAUGAAGUCCGCCUGACUUGCUUCCUGUGCUUAUGGAUUGCUCAUUCAAAUGGAGCUUAUCCUUUGCAACAUGCCAGUGGGAAAUUUAGUGCUAGCUGUGACGGAUAGCGUGUGAUGUAGCUUAUCCUUCGCAACAUGCCAGUGGGAAAUUUAGUGCUAGCUGUGAUAGAUAGCGUGUGAUCAGCUUGCUGGAGCAUCUUGGUGAACCAGUUGCUGGCAGUCUUCUGUUGCUCUGUCGUGCCUUGCUGCUGUUAGUAGAUUGCUGUAAAUGCUUAUGGAUCUAGACAUAUCGAUGUACAAGUCAGUUUUUAUGUUUUUCAGUAUAUGUAACAUGCCUGGCAUGUAAAAAUUUUGGUAAUAUUCGUAUGCUGCUUUAUGAUUCUUAAACACUUGUAUGAGUUAAGCAGAACCUCUGCACGAGAAAGUCUGAAUUGGAUCGUGAAUGGUCAAGCGUCAAAUUCCCCU